GUGCAGUGGACAGGGAUUACUAUGUCCGCUGCGCGCGCAAAAAACAGCCCGCAUCGUGCUACUUGUUACCUCCGUGCCCAUGCCCUUUGCAAAGUUUCAGAGAUUUGUGUUUCUUGGCGACUCCAAUGCCGACACCGGCAACCUCCUGCGUCUGACCAACGGCGUGUACCCGGAUCCCAUGGUCUACCACCAAGGGCGCUAUUGCAGCGACCUUAUUUGGGCUGACCAGCUUGUGCGUUGUCUGGAUAUCCCCAGCUUCAAUGAUGCAUAUGGCCGCGCAACCAUUGAUUCGGAGAUGGCCGACUCGACCUUCACCAUGGGUGGCGUGGAUAUCCAGAUUCCAUCGGUUGCAACACAGGCUGCGAGGAUGGCGGAUCUAAGCAGCGGUGACCUGGUGUUUGUGCAGGUCGGGUCGAACGACUUGAACGCACUCAUCGGCAGCUCCGUGACACGCGUUGUUGGGAAUCCGUAUACGAUGCAAGAGCUCGCUGACAGGCUGCUGGAAAUCGUGGAGGCAAUAUGCGAGAAAGCCAGGCAUAUCGUGGUGAUGAAUGUGCGCCCGCGCGAGGACUACCCGGCGGUGCUCCAGCGCAACGACCCGGAAGUAGUGGAAAAGUCAAAGAGGGACACGCGCGAGUUCAAUGCAGCUGUGGCUGACGGCAUCAAGGCGCUGAACAAGAAGCUGGGCGAGGGCUACAGGCUCUCUGUGUUUGACACAUACGGCUUCCAGAAGCGCAUCUCAGAGGACUGUGCCACAUGCGGCAUCGACCCAGAUGUCCAGACGCCGUGUAUUUCGGUGUCGCCGGACGACGGCGCAGCUGUGCUGACCAACCCGGAGUCCAAGCUCUUCUACGACACUGCGCACCUGGCCAAGCGCCCGCAGGCUCUGCUCAAGGAGGCUAUGCUCGACCACAUUACGCACCACCACAUCGGGUAAUUGCAUUUCAACUGUUUAUUACAAUGUAAUAGCUUGCGAAAUACAUACAGAAAAGGGCUCAAC